UUAAAUGACAGCGGUGCUCAGCAGCUCGCUGUUGUCCCUCGUUGACUCCGCCUUUGACAGCUGGUUAGAGGCAGUCUGGCACCAUAUGAUGAGAAAACAGGCGCAUGAAAGCGCACAAGUUAGAUUUAACUCUUGUCGUUGGGUGCACCACGGCGUUUGAAACAUUUUUCGGUUUCUCUUUUCUCUGCCGUCCCUCCUCCUCCGCCACAUCAACGUUAGCUCAGUUUGCUAGCAGUCAGCGACAUUAAUGGCAUGAGCGCGCUUCCUCAUUGCGUUUACCAAAGGGCAGUUCUGCUUUCACUGGUGCAUGAUAAAUCCUCAGACUUCCCGUAACAGGCUCACAAACUGCUAUGGAGCCGUCCGCGGCUAUGGGCUGUAUGAACAUUGGCAGUCUGACCAGCACCUUGCCGGUGAUCCCCUACCAGAAGCUGACAGACCUGUACUACCUGAGCAGAGGGGGCUUCGGAACCGUGUUCAAGGCGCAGCACUCCGACUGGAGGACCACUGUGGCCAUCAAGUGCCUGAAACUUGACUGUCCUGUUGGAGAAAGAGAGAGGAACUGCCUGCUGAAGGAGGCAGAGGUGCUCCACAAAGCCAGGUUCAACUACAUCAUCCAGAUCUUUGGCAUAUGCAACGAGCCCGAGUUCUUCUGCAUAGUCACAGAGUUCAUGAGCAAUGGCUCCCUGGACCUGUUGCUCCAUGAGAAAGACUUGUACCCUGGAUUUGCCUGGCCUUUGCGACUGAGGAUUCUGUACGAGAUUGCCCUGGGGGUUAACUUUCUUCACAACAUGAAUCCCCCCCUCCUACAUCAUGACCUAAAGACACAGAACAUACUGCUGGAUGGGGAGUUUCAUGUUAAGAUCGCAGACUUUGGCCUUUCGAAGUGGCGGCAGCUGUCUGUCAGUAAAGGCUCAGGGUCCAAGCCCACAGAGAUGGGGGGCACAGUGAUCUACAUGCCCCCUGAGAAGUAUGAGCCAUCCAAGAGCCGUCGGGCUGAUGUGAAACACGAUAUGUACAGCUACGCCAUCAUUAUGUGGGAAGUGCUGUCCAGGCAAAUUCCAUUUGAAGAGGUGACCAACCCCAUGCAAAUCAUGUUCAGUGUACUCCGUGGGAUGCGUCCUGACACAAGUCUGAGCAGUCUGCCUGCUGGCAUCCCCAGCAGAGAAACCCUCAUCAGUUUAAUGACCUGCGGCUGGACUGCUAACCCUGAUGAACGACCUUCCUUCCUCAAGUGUUUGAUUGAACUGGAGCCCAUGGUGAGGAAGUUUGACGAAAUUGAUUUCCUUGAGGCCGUAUUGGAGAUCAAGAGAUCAAAGUUGAUCAGAGCAUCAGGUUGUUGUUCAGCCCAAUCAGUGUGUGAGAAUAGGAAUGAUGAGGGAUGCCUGAACAUGCUGAAAGACAGGCACAGCCCUUGGCCGGAGAGCUCCAACUCAGGCUCAGGCUCUUGUUCCUCCCAGGACACGGACAUAUCUCUACCAGGCGCCCUCACCAGCAGCAAUGCUGCACCUUCUAAAGCGGGACUUCCAUCGUCAUUCUUAGCUCAUCCUCUGGAGGCUCCCGAGUCUUUGAAGGACAACUGCACCGUCAACAAUUUGAACAGCUACCAGAGUGCGAGGCCCCUGAAUGAUUUGAACAUACCCAUCAAACCAAGCACGCCCGUCACUGAAUGGGAGACGAUGCUGGAUAAUCUCACGCUCAAGCCUCAGCCUCAGCCUCAGCCUCAGCCUCAGCCUCAGUAUCAUGCAGCAGAAUCCUCUCCUCCCUUGCUGCACUCCUCUUCCUCACAAGGCCUAAUGGCCCUCUGGAUUGAGACACGGCGUGAGGAGAUCGUCUCCCAGAUGACAGAGGCCUGUCUGAACCAGAGCUUGGACGCCCUGCUGGCCCGCUCCAUGAUGAUGCGGGAGGAUUACGAACUGGUGGUUAACCAGCCCACGCGCACCGCAAAGGUCCGCAAGCUGCUGGACAACUGUCCCCGACACAACGAAGACUUCUGCCGCGUUGUCGUCCGCAAGCUGUACGACAACAAGCAGAUGGGCCUGAAUCCCUACCCGGCUGAAAUCAGCUCUCCUACCGCAGCCCUCCUCCCCAGCGCACCGCCACUGUCCAUGUCCUACAAUAUCCCCAGGAACAUGUAGCAGCAGUCACAGCCAAACAAUGGAAAUAAUCCAGAUGCAGACUGUGCUACCUUUACACUACACUCAACUUUUACUGGUUCCGUUGUCAUCAAGAUGGUCAACAUUCCUCCCUCCCUCAACAUUCCCUUUCCCUCAGAAAGUCUGAGAAAUGGCUGGUUGAGCAAAAAGAGUCCCAGGUACAAAACAGAGCUAUUGGCUUUGAAGUAAUCCACUCAUCAACUAGAGACAAAAGGUUUUAUUCUGUAUAAUCAGAAUCAAAAGGUUUUGACUGAAUCAGUGAUUUAAUGAAUGAAAGUGACUUAUAGUCUACUUUCUUUAUUCUGUGGGUUUCUCUCCUUUUGGUAUCUUGUGCUUUUGUCACCAAAACUCAGUUACCAAUUUGUGAAAGCAUAAUUAUGUAGCCCACUAUAUUUUUGUGCGUGUGUGUGAGUGAGAGAGUAUGAGUGUGUGUUGCCUUAUUUGUAGAAUGCAAAUCUCCUCAAUAUACUCAGUUGAUCUGAGUAAGUGACAGGAAGACUGUUAACAUGCUGGAAAACCUACAGCAAAAAUAAGUUUUAUUUCUAUUAUAGCAAUCCUAAAGUAUUAUGAAGUAUGUCAUGGGUUAAUUAUCCUGAUAAUGUUUACCACCCAAGCGAAUUGAGUGAGUAUGUGGCCUGCUACAGUUACAAAUAGUGUCUGUGUUUUUGUAGCGAAGUACAUGACUUACAUUAAAUGUGUGAGAAAAUGCACAGUCAAGUGUUGUGCAAGGACGACUUCAGAGCUACUGAUACCAACUAUGUGGUGUUGAACGUAACUCAGCCGAAGAGUUGGAAUGAAUUGUGAUUUUGGUAGACUGCCGUCAUGUGACUGUAUGGAAAGUUUUUGUCCCUCUUUUCCCUGCCCCUGUUUUUUUUCAACUGCUGAGCUAAAGAGAGUCACUGGGACGUGGAGUAAAGAGGAAGUUGAGAUUGUAAUAUAACACCCAGAAUGAGAGGGACAUGUGUGUCUGCAUGUCUAGAUUAAAAGUGGACCAAAGUAUUCUGCCCUGGAAUUUCUUUUGGUCUUAAUAGUGGCCUCACCUCUUAGUAUUCUUCAUAAUGUUCACACACACUCAGUUUAUUUAUGGACUCUGAGCUAAGAAGAAAAACAAGUUUCACAUUUUUAAUGCUCUGCAGAUGCAUAAGACAACUACUACAAUUGAAGAUCAAACCUGCUUUGCUUGUAGAGCAAACCUUAAGUUUAAUUGCUUUACACAGAAGUUUAAGCAGUCACUCUUGACUCUGUACAACUUUUUCUACUGUAGCUGUGUUUCCUAAUCUGACAGUAUCGCUUGCUAAUAUAAUUAUUUUCUUUGUUUCUCAUAGACAGAGAUCAGUAGCAUUCAGCAAGGCACAAUCCUGUUAAAUGCAGGAAAAAACACAUACUUUUUACCUUCUUUGGAGGGGGGGUAUAGGCAUUGCUUGAUGACGUCAUGUCGUGGGGAGACUCUGCAUGUUCAAAACCCGAGUUUGGGCUGUUUUCAGUACUGCUUUAAUAGCCUUCCUGCGCUUGGAAGGGUUCAUUUCAGCAUGUAAAUAUCAACACUCAUGUUCUCUGGUACCUUUCUUUGUUUUGAUAGCCAAGCCUAUCAAGAAAACAGCAUGAUAAUUAUCAGGUCGGUAACAAAGGCCCAGACAGCAAUCACUGACCCAACUGAUUCUCACCUGAAAUGAAAACACAGUAUGUAACAGCAUGUGGAAAGCAAACAGAACAGCCUACUAACCUAACAACCGGUCACCUCCAUCACAUGGAGAUGAAAAAAAGAAGCUGCUAACUGUAAUUUUGCCUAAUUUUAUAAUAAAGAAACUUGGGUUAAACGAAUUAUAUCUGUUAGGCUAUGGCAAGUUCACCACAGCGUUUUUUUCCUGCUUUGCAUCUGGCAACGCCCAUCCAUCCUUUUAGUGUAGUAGCCUCUAGUGUGUAUGUUGUGUGCACGUUUGUGCAUAUAGUUUCUCAUUAAGGGCCUUACAGUCUCUCUUUAUCACUGCUUUUGUUUCCUCAAAUGGGUGCCUAAAUUACAGUAAUGUAGCUGUGGCGUUUACUGUUUGUACAAUCUAUAAAUUCACUGCAGAAUAGCGUUUGUUUGGUUCCCAUUUCUUUCAAUAAAUGCACUUAAUCCUUUUAGUAUGUGGAUGCACAGGUUCCCCAUCAUUAUGUCCAAAGUGUAUUAAAGUUUAAUAAAGAACGUUUUAUGAGAAACGGUUAGAAAUGAGCCAUAGCAGUUCAUUCUUACUAAGACACAUUAUUACAUGAAAUUGUACGCAGUGGUAUUUAUGAUGUUAUUUAAAUUACAACAGGAAGGCCAAGCAAGGUUGAUAUGCUUCCAUAAUGUUGGACUUGUAUUGCCUUGUCUUUGAUAACAGUGCCUCAUAUUUUGCUUUUGGUCUCAACUAUAGUAACGUGCAAAAGCCUUUUACACACGUAUCGAGCAAAGUUGAGUAAAAAUGCUAUAAAUUUGAUAGGCCAAGUAUGUUGUAACAUUUUGUACUGUAGAUAAUAGUUUCAUCUUUUUUAUAUAUUUUUUCAUUUGUUAUCUCUCGUUAAAAAACUCAUGCAUUGUUUUUAAGUGAUGAUUUGAUAUUUGUAGACUCCCCUUCUGCAAAACACUGGCCUAAUUUGGUGUCAUUAUCAGUAUCACUUGAUCAAACAAUAAUAUAUGUUACAUGAAGUUCAGUCGAUGUGUAAUUGUGGUUUCAACAGAAACUAGGAUUUUUCAUAUAUUGUAUUAAACACUUCAUUAAAAUGGG